CUUCAAAUUGGGCUUCUACUUCGAAACAAAAUAUUAAAAUUUGUAAUGAAAAGGAGUUUGUUGAAAUUAUCAAAGAAUUUUUCGAAUAUGAUAACGAUAAUGAUCAAAUCAAUUUAAUCGAUAUUAAUGCCGAUACCUUUGAUUUAAGUGAGUUGAUUGGAAAAAAUGUUUCUAUUA